AUGGUGCGUGGCCCAUGUUGCGAGGAGAAGGAAGUGAAGAAAGGGCCAUGGACUGCUGAAGAGGAUGAGAAGUUGAUCGACUAUAUUCACAAGCACGGCAUUGGUAAAUGGCAUAAGCUUCCAAAGCAUGCAGGAUUAAUGAGAUGUGGGAAAAGCUGUCGUCUACGGUGGAUCAACUAUUUACAGCCAAAUAUAAAGAGGGGAAACUUUUCUGAGCAAGAAGAAGAAACAAUAUUACUCCACCAUGCAAGGCUUGGAAACAAGUGGUCUGAAAUAGCGAGGCAACUUCCUGGUCGUACAGACAAUGACAUAAAGAAUUACUGGAAUACCCGCAUGAAGAGAAAGCUAGUUGAGUUACUUGUCUCACCUCAUGUGGUGUAG